AUGGUUCGCACGACGUACUCGUCCACAGCGAGUCCGCCUCCAGAGUACAGCUCUACGUACGACCCUCCUAACUUCUACUCCCAGCCGGUUGCUGACGAGCGCACUCCGCUCAAUCCAGGGAACACGAGGAGAGCGGCAGGUCCCCGGAAUAAUCGGAUGUACUGGCAAACCAUUAACACAACAGAGCUAAUUGUGAUCCCAACAGAGCCAACUGCGACCAGGACAUUAGGCCGUUCGCUGCUCUACACGGUCCUCCUGCUCAUAGUAGCGGCGUUCAUCGUCGAGAACACAUGGAUCGCUACGAACUGUGCGGAGCAUCGGCAGGAGCUCGAGCGGUGGGAGCGCGAGCGCAAAGACCUCGAGCGCCAGAGAGAGGAGGAAAGACAGCAAUGGGAGAGGGAGAAGAGAGAGGAUGAGAGGCGGCGUCGGGAGGAAGAGCGAAGGCGGUUGGGGCUUUACUGGGAUGAACCUCAAGCAAAGAAUUGCGUGUCGUACGGGACCAGGGAGCACACCGCCCGCCUCCGGAAUAUCCCCUCUGGCUAUAAUUGGGUACAGGCCUGCGAGGAAAUGUCCAUCGAGAUUCACAACCGUACUAUUGACACGCCAAGCAGAUGCGAAGAUGCGGGUGCUUCGGGAAUAUUUGGGCAUUGGCAGGUUGGCUUCGAAGAGCCCGCUUGUGUGCCUUACUGGGGCGACUUGUAUGAUAAGGGCUGCGUUGGGUAUGGUACGCGCCUACAUCGCUUUGAAGCCCGUCUUUGGAACUUGCAAAAGGAUGACGACUGGACGAACAUGUGCGGUACGACACCCGCCGUGAUCCACGGUGUGCAUCAUGCGAAGCCCACGUAUUGCGAGUACAGGGGCGCCUUCUACGGUAUGGUCGGUAUGUGGGACCAAUCGGACCUCAGAUGUAGGUGA